AUGGAUCUUGAAGUUGAAGCUUCCUGGUUUUUGCAGUUUCUUCACCCCCGCUAUUGUUUUCUUGUAUUCUCUUUCGUAAUAUGCAAUUCUCUCCUGCUCUACCUGGUUAGACUAAAGCCUUGGUGCAACUGUGAGAUUUGUCAUGGUUAUCUCACGUCGAAUUGGUCCAAACAAUUUGAUAAUCUUUGUGAUUGGUACGCUCAUCUUCUGAAAAACUCUCCUAGUAAAACUAUCCACAUACAUGUUCUCCGAAACACGAUCACUGCUAACCCCGAUAAUGUCGAGUAUAUGCUCAGAACAAGAUUUGAGAAUUACCCAAAAGGCAAACCUUUCUCCACAAUCUUGGGUGACUUUCUGGGUCGAGGUAUAUUCAACGUGGACGGGGACCUAUGGAGUUUCCAGAGAAAGAUGGCGAAUCUAGAGCUCAACAAGUCCUCCAUAGUAUUGUAUGCAUUCAAUAUUUUCAAUUGCGAGAUUAAAAGCCGACUUGUCCCUCUUUUAUACUUAGUUGCAGGCAAAAAGGAUGGAGUUUUGGAUUUACAAGACGUGUUUCGAAGAUUCUCCUUUGAUUGCAUAUGCCAAAUCUCAUUUGGGUUGGACCCUAGCUGCCUCGAGUUGUCACUACCCAUGUCUGAAUUCGCUGUUUCCUUUGACCUUGCAUCAAAAUUAUCUGCUGAGAGAGCCAUGUCUGUGUCCCCGCUUUUAUGGAAGAUCAAACGGAAGCUCAAUAUAGGCAGUGAGAAGAAAUUAAGAGAAGCUGUUAGAGUGAUCAACAUCUUGGCACAGGAUGUCAUAAGGCAGAAGCGGAAACUGGGAUUUUCCAAUCAUAAAGAUCUUUUGUCCCGGUUCAUGGGCGCUGUAAAUGAUGAACCAUAUCUGAGAGACAUCGUUAUAAGCUUCCUCUUAGCUGGCCGUGACACUGUUGCAUCAGCCUUGACUAGCUUCUUCUGGCUAUUGGCAAAACACCCGCACGUGGAGUCAGAAAUCCGGCUCGAGGCAGACCGAGUCAUCGGAGCAAACCAGGAGCUCAAAAGCUUCGAACAGCUGCGAGAGCUCCAUUUUUUACAAGCUGCAGUUUAUGAGAGUAUGAGACUCUAUCCUCCGAUACAAUACGAUUCAAAGUUUUGUCAAGAGGAUGAUGUCCUUCCUGAUGGGACGUAUGUGAGAGGAGGCACUAGGGUUACUUACCAUCCCUACGCAAUGGGUCGGAUUGAAGAAAUCUGGGGUCCAGAUUGUUUAGAAUUCAGGCCAGAAAGGUGGUUGAAGGAUGGUGUAUUCUUUCCAGCAAACCCUUUUAAGUACCCAGUUUUCCAAGCUGGAGUUAGGGUCUGUUUGGGCAAAGAAAUGGCUCUGGUGGAGCUAAAAUGUCUCGCUCUUUCAUUGGUUAGGAGAUUCCACAUCGACUUGGCGACACCGGGCCGCUCUCCCCUGUUCUCUCCCGGGCUCACCUCCUCUUUUAGAGGCGGACUACCGGUCUUGGUACGGGAAAGAGAAACACCUUUAUAA